GCAAAAAGAAAAAAAAAAAAGCAUCUUUUGGUGGCGGUGGUUGAAUUCAUGGCUUCCUCACAGGACAACACACUCCAAGCUAUAUGCUACAAGCGGGGUUCGCUUCGGCUUCUCGAUCAGAGAAAGCUUCCUCUGGAAACUGCGUACUUGGAUAUUCGGGACUCCACUGACGGAUGGCAUGCCAUAAAGGAUAUGGUGGUCCGUGGUGCUCCUGCUAUUGCAAUUGCAGCAGCCCUUUCUUUGGCAGUUGAAGUGUCUAACUUGGAUCCGUUUGAUGGGUCCAUUUCCGACGCAGUUUCUUACCUUAUCAUGAAAUUGGAUUACCUUGUCUCAAGCCGACCAACUGCUGUCAAUCUUUCGGAUGCUGCAACGAAACUUAAAGAAGUUAUAUCAAAGGCUUCUGAUACUGCUUCCGAAGCCAAAAAUAUAUUCCAAGCUUUUAUAGAUGCUGCUGAAAUUAUGCUCGAAGAUGAUGUUGCUUCCAAUAAAGCUAUUGGGUCCUAUGGAGCAGAUUUUCUUUAUCGGCAUGCCGAUGAUGGUUCUAAGAAGUUCUCUGUAUUGACCCAUUGCAAUACUGGCAGUCUUGCAACAGCCGGAUUUGGUACUGCUCUUGGUGUGAUACGCGCACUCCAUACCCAAGGAGUGUUGAAAAGGGCCUACUGCACUGAAACGCGUCCAUUUAACCAAGGAUCGCGACUCACAGCAUUCGAGUUGGUGCACGACAACAUACCUGCCACUCUUAUAGCAGACUCUGCUGCGGCAGCACUAAUGAAAGAUGGGCGUGUGAGCGCUGUGGUUGUCGGAGCAGAUCGUGUUGCUGCAAAUGGUGAUACUGCCAACAAGAUUGGAACUUACAGUCUUGCCUUGAUUGCUAAGCAUCACAACGUCCCAUUUUUCGUGGCUGCGCCCCUCACUUCCAUCGACUUGUCUCUUUCAUCCGGACAAGAAAUUGUAAUAGAAGAAAGAUCCCCAAAAGAAUUAUUGCACACGCGAGGAGGACUUGGCGAACAAGUUGCUGCAUCCGGAAUAGCUGUUUGGAACCCAGCUUUUGAUGUCACCCCUGCCAAUUUGAUAUCUGGCAUCAUUACAGAGAAGGGUGUGAUAACAAAAGUGGAUACUGAGGAGUUUGACAUAAAGGAUUUUGUACAAAAAACUGCUGGGUAGUGUUGAGAGUAGUGGACGGGUAACACUGCUCAGUAGAGGGGCUUCCUCAAUCACCAAGAAAACAUCUUAUUUAGCAGUUAUGUAACUCUAAUAAUUGUGAGGUCAGCAUUUCCUUACGCUACGCUCAAUUUUCAAUAAGUCUUUGUUUGAAAAGUUUGAGAA